GCUUACACUACAUGGCGCCAGUGGAUGUCGAUGUACUGCCAGCUGGAAUUCGCAUUUACUUCAGAUAGGCUCCCUGCACUCACAGGGAUGGUCGAACGCAUGGCGGAAGUAAGCGGCUUCACGUACCUGCUGGGCUGCUGGGAAGAAACAAUCGCCUCGGAUCUCGCCUGGGAAGGGACCCACCGACUUGACGACUCGCAAUUGAUCCCAGGCAUUCCGUCCUGGUCAUGGAUCUCGAGGUAUAAGCAAAUGGCGAGCCCAAAAGAUUCGAUAGAGUUCUCCAAUGGCGCGAACGUAAAUUGCACACGGCUAAUCAGCUCGGAUAUCAAGUGGCAGGAUCAGCCUCUGGUUUCGGAGCUGCUGCGAGCACAUCUUACGCUGUGCGGGCCGGUCAAGAAUUUGCUGAUCCCAUCCCUCGAAGUUCGUCCUCUGUCUACUUUUGGACCUGAUCGGAUGAAUAUACAAGACGGAACGUUUGAGGAGGGUCUGUAUACAUGCCUCCUGAUGAAAAAAGUUCUUCCAGGGAAACCUAAAGGUCCCUCCUGGAUGAGAGAGCAGUUUUUGACCUUACAAGAAGUGCAGGAUGUGGGGAAAGCCAUGUCUUCCUCCGUCCCCUGUUAUCGUCGGGUCGGUAUGGCCGCGUCUUAUAAUCGGCACCACUUCGACGACGCUGAGGAUAGGGUCAUCGAGUUGGUCUGAUGAGCCAGGUGAUAGGAUAUCCGAGUAUCAAUCCCAUGACAGUCGUACACUGUAGAAAAACACUUGUCUCUGGUGCACACUUGCGGCGUGGCAGUUGUUCGCAGCAUAGCCCUAGUCAUUUACUCCAGGCUGACACGGACUUUUUGGGUCGAAUACAGAUGCUUGACCCAAAAAUACGGUAUGGUAUUUUAACUGGACGAUAGCAUGCUUCCCUGGUGCUCG